AUGGAAGAGUCAUCCGUUGGUAACUUAUCUGAAGAAAAAAUUUUGAUCCUUAAAGCCAAAGUCAAUGAACUUCAAUGUACCUUAGCCCGAUUAAACUCUUGGUGGAAACAAAGAGCAAAAGCAAAGUGGUUAAAAGAUGGAGAUUUGAAUACAAGGAGUUGUUCUUUAAAUAACAGGCCAUGCCCGAGAGCUGUUUUAUCAGAUUUGGAUAGAGCAUUGCUUAAUUCGGAGCUUAAUCUGAAGGAAGUUUCUGAUUUUGUUACCCUUUUGGAAGGAGUUUUACCUGGUAUUGAUGGAAUAACACAUUCUUUUAUCAAAACUUAUUGGCAAAUCGUUAAAACAGAGAUCUGGGAAGCUUUAAAGCAGUUUUUUCAUACGGGUAUUAUGGAAUCUAAUUGGAAGGAUACUUUGAUUGUGCUCAUUUCAAAGGUGGAAAUGCCUAUGACACCUUCUAAUUUUAGGCCUAUAAGCUUAUGUAAAACAAUUUAUAAGCUUGUGGCUAAAAUUCUUCUUAAUAGAAUGGUUAAUCUUCUUCCAAAAGUAAUUUCGGAAAACCAAUCAGCUUUUAUUAAAGGCAGAUCUCUUACAUACAAUGUGUUAAUUGCUCAAGAAAUAUUCCACAAAUUCAGGUUUUCUAAAUCUUUAAAAGGAUUGGUUUCCUUUAAAAUAGACAUGGAGCAAGCUUAUGAUAGCAUGUCUUGGGAAACUUUGGAGCAAAUAUUGAGUUAUUUUGGCUUUCCGUUGCACUUCUCAAAGCUUAUUCUGGAAUGUCUUUUAUCUAAUGCUUUGAUGCAAGAAGAGAUGGAAAUAGGAAUCAAGGUUCAUCAUAAUGCUCCUAGGAUAUCACAUCUGCUUUAUGUAGAUGAUAUCUUGAUCUUUUCUGAAGCAAAUUUUAAAAUGAUAAAGAGGAUUAAAAGCAUUUUACAAGACUAUUGUAAUUGGUCAGGUCAAAAGAUCAAUUACAAUAAGUCUUCUAUUCUUUGUGGAAAAGCUGUUAGUAGAAGGAAAAAGAGAAAAAUAGCUCGGGUAAUGGGAUUCAAGCUUGUAAAGGAAUUCUAUUACUUAGGAGUUAAAAUUGCUCUUAGGAGAUUGAUGGCAUCAGAUUUCAGUUUUUUAUUGGAAAAAGUUCUUGGAAAGCUUGAUACUUGGGGAACCAAGUUUAUAUCUCUUGCUAGAAGAAUGACUCUUGCUAGAAUGAUAAUCCUUUCAAUACCAGUUUUUUAUUGCAUGCAUUCUCUGGUUCCGAAUGGUGGACGUGGUCUCAAAUCUUGUACACAAAUAAUUGAUUCUUUAAGAGCCAAGAUUACAUGGAAAUAUGUAAAUGAUGAAGACUCUCUUUUGCAUAAAUGCUUGAAGCCUAAAUAUGGGAAUUCUGGUUGGAUUCCGGAGUGGAAGCAUAGUUUAUCUUCAACCUGUAAAAUCUUAAGAAGUGGUGCUAAAGCUCUCAAAUUGAUUAUUAGAUGGAAUAUCUGUAAUGGUGAAAAAAUUAAUGUUUUGGAGGAUGUGUGGAUUUUUGAUAAAGCUCUAUGUAAAUGGCCAACGUUCCUUGAUAAUCUACAUAUUAAUGACUUAUGUGUAGACCAGUUCAUUGAAAAUGGCACAUGGAAUAUUGCCAAAUUACAGAAUGUCUUUGAUAAUAAUUUGCUUCAAAUUAUAUGCAACGUGAAGAUUGAUCAGGGGGCUGGAAUUGAUCAAAUGGAGCUAAUUUCUUAUAAUUCUGGAAAAACAUUGGCUGCAUUGUCUGAUGAAGCAUUAAAUAAAUUGGGCCUUUGGGAUGUUAAUCAACUAUCUCAGUUGUUUAAAAAUUCUUGGCAUCCUCCUCCACCCGAUUGGAUCAAAAUUAAUGUGGACAAUUCAUUGUUAUCUAAUUAUAAUGCCGGAAUUGGAGCUGUUGGCCGUGAUCAUCUUGGAAGAUUUAUUUUUGCUAAAGGAAUCAAAUGUACUCAUUGGGACAUUGCUCUUCUUGAACUAGAGGGUAUUUUAUCUCUUCAUGGAAUUAUCAAGGAUUGGAAUUCUCAAGUUCAAGGAAUUGUCAUUGAAGGAGAUAAUGAUAAUGUAAUGAAAAGUUUUUAA